AUGACAAUUCCUAUCUAUAUUGCCGGCGGCCUUGUCCUCUCUUUCUUCCUGUACAAACUCCUCUACGGCACCGAUACACCGAAAAUCAAGGGCCUUCCGGAGAUCCCAGGUCUUCCUCUGUUUGGAAGUCUGUUCGAGCUCGGGACCAACCACGCCAAAGUAGCGCAAGGAUGGGCAAAGAAAUACGGGCCAGUCUUCCAGGUGCGGAUGGGCAAUAGGAGGAUUGUAUUCGCCAACUCCUUCGACUCUGUCCGCCAUCUCUGGAUCACGAAUCAAUCCGCUCUCAUCUCGCGUCCUAUGCUCCACACCUUCCACAACGUCAUCUCUUCUUCACAGGGCUUCACAAUUGGAACCUCGCCGUGGGAUGAGUCCUGCAAGAAUCGCCGAAAAGCUGCUGCUACCGCCCUUAACCGCCCCGCGGUUCAGUCCUACAUGCCCCUCAUAGACCUCGAGUCUACCGUCUCUAUCAAAGAGCUGCUACAUGAUAGCAAAGGGGGAGAGAUCGAUCUCGACCCCCGAGCAUACUGGCAGAGAUACGCGUUGAACACGAGCUUGACCUUGAAUUAUGGAUAUCGUAUCGAUGGCAACAAGGAUGCACCGCUACUAAAGGAGAUUGUGGAUGUGGAACGUGGAGUGGGCAAUUUCAGGUCUACGAGUAAUAACUGGCAAGACUAUAUUCCACUACUAAGACUAUGGCCGAGUCAAAGUAAUGAGGCGAUUACCUUCAGGAAGAGGAGAGAUGUGUACAUGGACAGAUUACUCAACACCCUAGAAGACAAGAUCGAGAAAGGGACGGAUAAGCCAUGCAUCACUGGAAACAUCAUCAAGGACCCAGAGGCAAAGCUGAACAGAGCGGAAAUAAAAUCCAUCUGUUUAACCAUGGUAUCCGCCGGUCUUGACACCGUCCCCGGCAACCUAAUCAUGGGCAUUGCCUACCUCGCCACACCCGCAGGCCAGAAGAUCCAAAGACGUGCCUACGAAGAAAUCCAAAAAGUAUACCCCGACAACGACGCCUGGGAGCGCUGUAUCCACGAAGAGAGAGUACCCUACAUCACGGCCCUGUACAAGGAGAUCCUCCGGUACUGGUCCGUCAUCCCCAUCUGCCUGCCCAGAGUAUCCAUCAAAGACAUCGAGUGGAACGGCGUGACCAUCCCCGCAGGAACAACAUUCUACAUGAACGCCUACGCCGCAGACUACGACGCUGAGCACUUCCAGGAUCCCCAGUCCUUCGAUCCAGAGCGCUACCUCCACAUCCCCGACGGAGCGGGGACGCCUCAUUACGGGUACGGCGCGGGCUCGAGAAUGUGCGUGGGAUCCCACCUUGCUAACAGGGAGCUGUAUACUGCGUUUGUACGGCUCAUUUCUGCGUUUGAAUUCUCGCCGCCCGUGGACCCGAGGGACGAGCCGAUUAUGGAUUGUCUGGAGGCUAAUUCUUUGCCGACGAGCUUGACUAUGGAGCCCAAGUAUUUCAAGGUUGGGUUUAAGCCCAGGAAUAGGGAGCUGCUUGAUCGGUGGAUCAAGGAGAGCGAGGAGCGGACGAGGGACUUGAUGUAG